GUAAAAUUUGGCGGGUAGAAGUUAGUUUGUUCAAAAAAAACUACAGAUGUCACGUCAUUUCGUCUGGCAUGCGUCAAAUGUGUUCUCUACUCAACUGAGGCAUGAUGAGUGAGACAGGCUGUUGUGAACUACCCUCCAGCGAGAACCUAAGCCUCUGUGAUCAGGGCUACAGUCAGGCCGAGUACCUGAGAGUGAGGAAUACACUGGUACAAGUCCUGGAGGAACUUAAACUCAGAAGGAGGACUGAUGUUGAGAAUGAAGAAAGAAUCAGACAUCUUGUUAACGAGAAACACCAGCUGGAGUGUAAAUAUGACACAGAGGUGUCGAGAGUUACCUCCAUUAACCAGAAGCACACAGAGGAAGUGAGGAAUAUCCACAGAGAGUAUGAAGACAAAGUCAGGCAGAUGCAAGAGGAAAAGAGUCGUCAUUUAUUGUGCAAGGAGAACGUGGAAAAAGAAACCAAAGCACUGAAAGAUGAAAUCAGGGAUUUGCAGUUACACAAGUACAACCUUGAGAAACAGCUUCAUGAUCAGACGAGGAAACUCCAGCUACAAGUGUCCGCCUCAGAGAAAUAUCUGUCACAGUUGUCUGCCAUUGAGCAAAAGUUUAACAGUGUGGCCAAGCAUUACCAUUUGGUGUUGGGUUCUCAAGGCAGACUGGAGAAGAAUGUGGAUGAAGCCAUGCUUUUGAACCGUACUCUCACCUAUGUGAACCAGCACCAGAAGUGUCUGGUUGACCAGUUUAGUAGAGACUUGGAAGAGAGCAAACGGGCUCUCUUAUCGACACGGGUUCAAAUCCAGUCCCAGCCAGCAGAAACAAGUCGGGCUGUGAAACAUUUAGAGCAGAAAGUCAUGGAACUGGAGACCAAGGUCAAACAGAAAACAGAGGAAGUGGAUGUGAAAACAAAAGAGCUGGUGACCCUAGACUUGCACCAUCAGAAGACUCUGCAGGAAUUGAAAGAGGCUCACAAGGUCGUCUCCAACCUGAUGGAAAGGGCACAAAAACAACACACGGACAGUGUGAAUAUGAUGAAGAGAGUAGAGGAUGCAGAGGCCACAGUGGAGGAGAUGGAGGCAGAGCGAGAAAAGUGUCACCAGAAAAUGGAGGCAGACAGCGUGGCUUUCGAAGAGGCCUCCUCGCUGAAGGAUGCACAGGUACACGAACUUAAGUCUUGUCUGACUGAAAUGGAGAAGCACUUGCGUGAAGUGAAGGAGGAUUACAGCACACUGGAGCAACUCAACUCUGCCUGGGCGCAAAAAAACCUAGAGUUGACUGGACCAAUUUAAUCAGCUACAGAAAGUUGUAAAUGUGGAAAAGAUAGAUGGCCAGAGUCAGGUGGAAUUUGCAGAUAAACUCCACUCUGUCUC